GAGAGAGAGAGAGAGAGAGACAGAGAUAAGCAUUUCAUACACAGUUUUCAUUUCUUUUUAUUUUUUUCUUCUUAAAAGGAGACAGCAGCAGUCGCCUCUACAUUGAACAGAGGGUGCGCAGGUUAAGCAGCAGCUUGGAAAUGCAGGCAUGAUCGCCCUUAUCCUUCACUCCACCUUCAACACCCAAAGCGACAUCUUUUUCUAUUCUCUUUUGAAUCAUUUCUCUUUCUGUAUUUGAUGGGAAUCGAUCUUAACUCCAUUGGCGAUGCCUUCGAAGACCCUUCUCCGUCUCCGCCUCUGCCUCCGCCUCGUGCCGAUUCGCCGUCACCGUCCGUCUGCUUGGAGCUCUGGCACGCCUGCGCUGGUCCGCUUAUCAGGCUGCCGCGGAAGGGGAGCUUUGUAGUGUAUUUUCCGCAGGGUCAUUUGGAGCAGACGACCGAUUACCGCCUGGAGCCUGCUUAUGAUCUCCCUCCGCAUGUCUUCUGCCGCGUGGUUGACGUGAAGCUUCAUGCAGAGGCAGCUACGGAUGAGGUUUACGCGCAGGUUUCUCUGUUACCGGAAAGUGAGCAGCAGGACAGAGAGGUCCAAGGAGAUGGUGAAGAGGAAGAGAUCGAAGGUCCGGCCACGUCUACUACGCCCCAUAUGUUCUGCAAGACCCUUACUGCAUCAGAUACGAGCACACAUGGAGGUUUCUCUGUACCUCGUCGGGCGGCCGAGGACUGUUUCCCUUCCCUGGAUUAUAAAUUGCAGCGACCCUCGCAAGAGCUCAUCGCAAAAGAUCUGCAUGGGAUGGAGUGGAGGUUUCGGCAUAUCUACAGGGGUCAGCCACGGAGACAUUUGCUCACGACCGGAUGGAGUGCUUUUGUCCAUAAGAAAAAGCUCGUUUCAGGGGAUGCCGUUCUCUUCCUUAGGGGCGCAAAUGGAGAGUUGAGAUUGGGAGUUCGGAGAGCAGCCAAUAUUAAAAGUGGCAUUACUUAUCCAGUCCUCUGUAGGCAAAGGUCCAAUGUUGCUACACUUGCUGCUGUGGCUAAUGCAUUAUCCACGAAGAGCAUGUUCCACAUCUACUACAACCCAAGGGAAAGCCCAUCAGAAUUCAUAAUACCGUACAGGAAGUUCGUGAAGAGCUUUGAUCAUUCAUUUCCUAUUGGCAUGAGGUUCAAAAUGCUGUUUGACAAUGAAGAUGCAGCAGAUCGAAGGUACACUGGGUUGAUUACAGGGAUUGGUGAUAUAGAUCCUGUGAGAUGGCCCGGUUCCAAAUGGAAAUGUCUGUUGGUAAGGUGGGACGAUGUAGAGACCAAUCGUCAGGAUAGAGUCUCUCCAUGGGAGAUUGAGCCAUCUGGUUCAAUUCCUAGUUCUAGCAAUUUGAUAGUACCUGGGUCAAAAAGAACCAAGAUCUCCCCGCCAUCUGUCAAAGAAGAUUUUCCACUUCCAAAUGGAAGUGGGCUUUCAGGCUUCAUGGAAUCCUAUGGGUUCCAUAAGGUCUUGCAAGGUCAAGAAAUUUCGGGUUUUGGAACUCCUUACGAUGGUAUUGAUGUAUUAAAUCAUCAAUCAUCUGAACGAAGGGGAUGCAUUCCCAAUCCCAAUAGUUCCCGCAUAGUUGGGAUCCAAAAUGGUGUCAGAAUCCCACUACCUGGGAAUUCUGACACUUCUUCUCUUAAGGGCACAAGUUUAGGAGAAUCUGUUCGAUUCCACAAGGUCUUGCAAGGUCAAGAAAUAUUUCCAUUGAAACCACAGCACAGUGGAAUUCAAGUUGAUGCUUGGGCACACCAAAAUGGUGGGCUUGGAUUCUUUGAAGGGUUCCACUUGUCUAGCUCUGGAAGAAGAUGGCCCACUCUGUUGCAAGGGUACCGUGCCCAUGUGCUACCAUCCGUGCCUUCUCGUAAAGUCUCAUCACCAUCUUCUGUGCUAACGUUCCCGCAAGCAAGCAUUCACACUGCAUAUGGCAUUGAUAAUCAGAAGAGAAGGGAGAAGGGUAGGUACUUCAUAACACAUGGAUCGCCACCUUGCGGGUCGCCUUGUGACCCCGAGCAUUCAGGGGAAGAUUUAGGAAGCAUGUAUUCGCUGUAUCAUCCAUCUAAGGAGUACAACAUUCUAGGUGCCGUGCACACUCCUGUGCUUGUCGGAAAGGUGGAUCGUAGCAAUGGGCAAGGUGGAAUUCCGAGCAAAAGCUGUUGCAGACUCUUUGGUUUUCCUUUGACCAAGGAAACUGUGGUUGCAACUGAAGCGGAUUCCGUUCCAGUCGACUCUCCAUCUUCAAUGAAGGACUUGAAUAUGGAGGCGACUUUUCAUCCUACUACAGAAGGACAGUUGCUUUCAAAAUCUCACGGGCUGACAAAAAUAGCUGGUCGCAAUUGCACUAUAACACUGUAGUGGUGUAGGCAAGGGAAUUCAUCUCUCGAAGCAUGAUGGGUGCGAUGAUCUGACCCAUGAGUUGGAUGGCUGCUUGAUAUGGAGGGGCAUUUUGAACGAUCCAGAGAGAGGAUGACCGGUUGUUGAUGCAGAUAGCGUUGUGAUUGUUUGAAGCAAUCCUUGGCAGUAAGAUGCUUCUGUGGACGGGAGGUUUGCUAGGCAUGCACGAUGAACAUCCAAGCAGUUUCUGUGAUGGAACACACUGUGUGGAUGUCCUGGCCGAAAGUAAGGCUGGUUCACUCAUCAGGUGGCUGCAAUGUGGACAGCUAAAACAUCCAUCUGACAUGUGGACUCACCUGAUUUUAAGGACAGGGCAUCUACAUGGAGGGUCCCACCUGGGGAACAGCUUAGAUCAUGCACGUGUGAUGGUGUGUGAUGGUGCAUAGAGGAGUUGGGCUACACAAGCGUGGCGGUUAGCAAACCUAUUGAACAUUUGCUGCUUUUUUUCCCCCCUCAAAAAGUCUUUUUUCCAUGGGUAGAUUUAAUUCAAUCCUGAGGCAAAAUCUGCAAUAUUGCUUCUGAGAUUUGAUCUCUAACAUUUGCUCAUGACCACUAAGUGGUAAAAAUGGCACUUGUGGUCUUUGGCGACAAUGCCAUAGUUCCAUCGGAGGAUGCUGCUGCUACAACGUGGAAUGCUGUGGUUCUGCUGGUAUGGUAUCAACCCAAAUGUAGCUCGUAUGUUUGUCUUUGCUGUGCAAGAAAGUGUUUUCUUCUAAGAAUUUCUUUGUUUGAGAAUCUCGAGCAUGAGUAUUGAAUCAUGAACUUUGUUUCACCGCUGAUUUUCAUACCCACACGUGUUGAACAGUGUACUUAAAAUUGAUCUUAUUGGUUAUUAACUACAAGUAACAUAUCAACGGAUGAUUUUCCAGCA